CAGAGCAGCAAGACGCUGGCCGAAAGUCGCGAAAGGCCAGUGCGCUUGUCGCAGAGGACUAGUGUUAGAGCGCAUGUUAUUGCCGACUUUUUAACUCUACAUUUGUGUUUUUAAUUCAUUCGGCGACUCUUUAAAGUGGACUGUGACAUUUUUAAGUCUUUUAACCUUGAAGUGAGUUUAUGUAAGUCGCCUCUUAACUCUUUAAGCCCUGAAUUGGUGGGUUGACCCUCGACAUGGAUAUUAGCUAGCUUAGCUAACGUUAGUCACCAAGAAACCGAAAUAACUGCUCGAGAGGGGGUUUGUGUCACAGUUUUAUUGCUUUUAAACAUAGUGUAUGUUCCUGGAGUCGAGCUCUCUGAGGCAAAUCUUCGCCUUGGGUGUUGCCAAAAAAGGACUGAAGUUCGGGAGAAGUAGCUAACGUUAGUUGUUUAAGUAAAGGAAGAAAAGAGGUGGGAAAUGUUGACUAACGCCAACAGUCCGCCGAAGUUUCCAAACCAGCAACAGCAGCAACAACAGAAUCCUGCCCAAUUCAUGUUGGGUAAAGCCUCACUUCAGAUCAAGAAAAAUGCCAUAAUCGACGACUACAAGGUCACAAGUCAGGUCCUGGGACUAGGCAUCAAUGGCAGGGUUCUGGAGAUCUUUCACAAGAGGAGUGGGGAAAAGUAUGCUUUAAAGAUGCUUCAUGACUGUCCCAAAGCUAGACGAGAGGUGGAGAUGCACUGGCGGGCUUCCUCCUGUACCCAUAUUGUCAGAAUUGUUGACGUCUAUGAGAAUCUCUAUCAAAACAGGAAGUGCCUUCUUAUUGUAAUGGAGUGCAUGGAUGGGGGUGAGCUGUUCAGUCGGAUUCAGGACAGAGGGGACCAGGCAUUCACUGAGAGAGAGGCUUCUGAUAUCAUGAAGAGUAUAGGAGAGGCCAUUCAGUAUUUACAUGCGAUAAACAUUGCACACCGAGAUGUCAAGCCAGAGAACCUCUUAUAUACCUCUAAAAGGCCCAAUGCCCUUCUCAAACUGACAGACUUUGGGUUUGCAAAGGAGACGACCACACACAACUCUCUGGCGACCCCUUGCUAUACUCCUUAUUAUGUUGCCCCAGAGGUUCUCGGUCCAGAAAAGUAUGACAAGUCCUGUGACAUGUGGUCUUUGGGUGUCAUCAUGUAUAUUCUGCUCUGUGGUUACCCACCUUUCUAUUCCAACCAUGGAUUGGCUAUAUCCCCUGGUAUGAAGAAACGAAUCCGUAUGGGACAAUACGAGUUUCCAAAUCCUGAGUGGUCGGAAGUCUCAGAGGAAGCUAAACAGCUCAUCAGAACAUUACUGAAAACUGAGCCAACACAGAGGAUGACCAUCACUGAGUUCAUGAACCACCCCUGGAUCAAUCAGUCAAUGGAGGUACCGCAGACGCCCUUACACACCAGCCGUGUUCUGAAAGAAGAGAAAGACACAUGGGAGGAUGUCAAGGAGGAAAUGACCAGUGCCUUGGCGACGAUGAGAGUCGACUAUGAGCAAAUUAAAAUCAAGACGAUUGAAGACUCGUCCAAUCCGCUGCUGAUGAAGAGGAGAAAGAAAGCUAAUAAUAUGGCUCCUGAAAAUGAGACGCCUGCUUGCUAAGGACACGUUCACUCUGUCGCACAUGCGCACACACACAUUUUACACUCUUAUAUUAGUUGAAAAGUUUGAUUUAAGGAAGCAAUAACUCCGUUAAAACGAGUUUUUUUUAUAUGUAUUUCUUUUUAAUCACUCUACAUCUGUAACUAAUACACCCCUUUGCUACCAAAAGAGAGGGGCUGUACAAUUAUGAAACAAGACUAUACAAAUUAGAGUUGUGAAGCAGCCGACAUCCACUUAUUUGCUCCUUACAGUGUUCAUGAGUUCUGUUUUUCACAUGGUGUUUAGUGGGGUAAUCAGAAUGCUAAUUUAGUUACCUUUCUUUUGCAUUUUAUUUUUCCUUUUUCUGUUUGUUUUAUUUUUUUUUUUUAAAUCAAAAGCGAUUGGUACAUGAGUUCAUGAGUUAUACACAGAUUUACCACUGUUUGUUUUAAUGAUGUUCCAUUCGGAGUUAUAGGACCUCUUGUAAAAUAAGUUGCCCUGUAAUAGCACGAUUAAUCAGUUUCCUUUGUGCUGCUCAUGUUCUGAGGAGCUUAUGCAUAAGCGCUAGCUUUCCUGUUUGUUCUUCAUUAUGUUUGUUAUUCAUUUCUGCUCUCGAAUGCUCUUUUACAGUAAGACUAGUUCCAAGAGACACUAUCAGUGUCCAGAUGAAAAUGUAUUUCUGAAAUGACUCUUUGAAUGUAAACGCACUCUGUUCUUUACUGUGAAAUUGUCUGUCAGUAUUGUUCAGGGUCCUCUCUAGUAAAAUACAAUAUCUUCUUUUGAGCUUUAGAUCCAAUUAGCCUUAUGUUGGUUAUCAGAUUGAGAGGAAAAAUAUCACAUUGCUCCACUUUCACAUUGAUCAAGCUGACCAUGGAAAGCCAGUCUGGCACAUUUUUUCUGCCUUUGCUUAAUUCAUGCUUGGAAAUACGUUAAGUGCACACUGCUUUGAUUUGCCUUGAAUCAGUCCUAUGCAUAUUUGUUACCAGAGAUUUGUAAAGAAUGUUAACCUAUAUUCUGGCAUUUAAUUUCACAAAUACCUACUAAAAUAAUCAGCAGACAUAUGUAGUCUACUGUUUUUUCACCCACCACCCUGAACAGCAAAGCCCGUUUGUAUUUUUUUAAGUGUAUAAUGAAUGAAUUAUGAAACGGGAUCUUUGUGAGAGUGAUCAGGAUGGUUGUUCUUUUGGCUGUAGAAUGAACAUAUGUGAUAACCGUCAACCGUGCUCUUCGUUAUGCCAGUGUGUUUUUGUUUGUGUUUUGUGUGCUUUCCAAGCCUACCAUGCAGUAAGUAUUUGAAUGUGAGCAGCUUUAGGUACCAGAUGUUUUAUAAAGGAACAAAGAAAUGCCCCCUGUGACUUAAGGCCUCAUGUUCUGGAAAUGUUUAAGGGAAUCUUGCACAUACACACAGAUUGAUUUUAGAUGCAAUGAUUGAUGUAAUUUGAAAGGUUGUGGCUUGUUUUAUUUUUCCUAUUUAGUCUUUUUUUUUUUUUUUUAAAGAAAAAAACAACAACUGUAUACUUAAUAUUUGUCAUGUGAUUGAUCCUCUUUUUUUAAAGGACAUGAUUUACUGCUCACAAUGUUGAAUAUGCAGAGUAUACUCUCAAACAGCAGAUAUCUCUCAACCGAUUUCAGCGCCCCUCUUGAAGAUAGUGCAUCUUUUUAUUCAGUCUGGAAACUUGAUUCCCUCAUGCAUUAAUUUUUCAAAGCAAAGACUACAGUAUCAUAGGUUGGAAAAACAGACUAGAAUUUUAUACUAACAGGGAAAUGCAGAUAUUUGUCUUGUUUCUAGUAUCUGACUGCUGUACGUAUGUCUUGGUGUGCUUCAACUUUGGAUUAAAACACCAAAAAACUCA